GUGGUGGUGGCAGCCUGGCAAGUGGUGGGUAGCGAUGAUUUAAGAAAAAAAGAAGAAGGUUAUAGAGGUAAUUUCAACUAUUUUUUGGGCGAUUUUAAGUAAUUAUGGGGGCGACGUAUAGAAGUUGAGCGAAUGUGAAAGGAGGAAGUAUUAAUAUUGUAUAGUAAAUUUUUUUUUUUUUUUUUUUUUUGAGGGGAGUAUAGUAAAUUCUUAAUGUGACCAUAAUCUUAUUUACAUUUGGCAAGUAGCCAACUCCCCAAAAAAAAAAAUCGGACUCCACAUGAUAUGAAUAAAUUGCAGCUAAGAAAACCCUUCUGAAAUCCGGAACUGUAAAGCCGCCCAUAGUCAAAAAGCCAGUACAAAUUUUCUCUCUCCUCUUUCUACUUGGCUCGAUAAAAAUUCCUUAAUUUUUCUUGCUUGUUAAGCUUUCAACGCAAUACCCGGUAAAUUUCACAACCCAAAAACAAAGUCAGUCUUUUUCUCUCACUUUCAUUUUCUAUUUUGCCGCUAAUUUCACUUUUCUCUUUCUCUCUCCUCUCUGCUUUGCGCACCGCACUGUUAAGUCCUGAUCAUUUUGGAACUCAAAUCGCAAAUUAUGGUGCUCCUUUGCGAUUUCGGCCUUAAUUUUCUCAUGGCAAGGCUGUUUUGAGUUGGAUGUGGUGAGAUUUCCAUGGAAAUGGUGGUUGGAGUUAAGGGAAGUGAGAAAGGAGUUAUUGAGGAUGUUGCAGCUGAUAAACUCAGUUCUGAUUUAGCUCCAUUGAAGAAAGGUGCUGAUCCUGUUGUUUAUAAGCUUGUUCGGGUUGAUUUUGAUGGAAGGUUUGUUCCUGCAACUGAUGAUGAGCUUAUGGAGGUCGAGGAUAUGUUGGGGAUGGAGAAGAGUGAAAUGCUUUCUAUACCUGAUGUUAUGGAGACAGCAGGAUAUAUUCCAAAUAAAGAUGAUACAUGUGAUAAAUCUGACUUAGAGAAUCAUGAAGGUUUGUCACAAAUCAAGUUCUCGGGAGUUGAUGAAGAAAACUCAAGAGCUGAGGCUGAGGGAUUAAUGCAGGUGGCACCGACCUUUCCACUAUGCAUUUUCGCCUCUUUGCCUACAUCUGCAUCAAGUUCAAAAAACAGACAUGUCGAGACAUCCGGAAAUACGGGCAAGGAAUCAAGCUCAAGCCUACAGGAUGAAUUAAGCAAAAGUGGAUCCCCUGGUUCCACACCUGACUUUUCUUUGAUAAAGGGGGAGAUAGAUUUGGACACUUUAAGUAUUAGAGAACUUCAUGAAACAUUCAGAGCUACAUUUGGGCGUAGAACUUCAGCCAAAGACAAGAUGUGGCUAAAACGAAGAAUUGUAAUGGGACUGACCAAUUCAUGUGAUGUAUCUGUGACAAGCUUUCAGAUCAAUGAUGGGAAGCUUCUGAAAAAAGAGGAAGAACUCAGCAAAAAGUUGGAUUGCGAAGAGUCAGUAGCUGGAGAGAUCUGCAAUGCUGGGGAUGAUGGUCCAGUGAACUUAGUUGCAUGCUCAAAUCUAAGGGAGGAUAUCGUAGAUGAUGUUGAACUGAGAAAUUCUUUAACAGAAUCUGGUUGCGGCAGUGAUGAUAACCAUGAGCACAGAGCUGUGAAAAGAGUUAGGAAGCCUACAAAGCGAUAUAUUGAGGAAUCAUCUGAUAAAGAAAAAGAUUCUUCUGGAAAGUCAUUGUCCUCAUGCAAGCGUUUUGGACAGGAUGAAUCUUUUCCAAAGUCAGCUGUCAAACGUGCAUUGGGUUUUCACUCAGGUGAUUUUGUCACUAGACCUGAGUCCAUUGGAGGAUCUGGAGUUCAGGUCCCAUACGUCUCUCGGGUUCGUAGGUGCCGUCCAAGGAAAAGUAUAACGGCCCUUACGAAGUUCCAUUCAAGUGAUGUUGUUUUGACAAGGAAAAUUGUUGAGAGCUCCAUUGCAGUGAGUAAGCCGCCAUCUGAUGAUCAUAGUAGGGUUAAAAUUGAGGAAACUAAAUCUAUCCAGUCUGAGGAGCCGAUUGUUUCAGAAGACGAGAGGGAGAAACAAUGUUUGACUAGUAUGUCAGAUAUAUCUCAAGGCAGGGAACAAAAAAGUGUGGAUUCAAUAGAUAGUACUCCUCUAGAUAAUGCGUCCGGCAACAACUCUGAUGAUCAACUAGCAACUGUUCCCACUGCAAAGGGUGGAAUGAGAAGAAAGCACCACCGCGCUUGGAGUUUGACAGAAGUUAUGAAGCUUGUUGACGGUGUUGCCAAGUUCGGAGCUGGUCGUUGGUCUGAAAUCAAACGCCUUUCCUUCUCGUCAUAUACUCACCGCACCUCUGUUGAUCUGAAGGAUAAGUGGAGAAACCUUCUAAAGGCUAGCUUUGCUAACUCUCAAGCAGAUAAAGGGAUGAAUCCUCGUAAGAACGCGCCAUUACCAAUCCCUGCAGCGAUUCUGGUGAAAGUGCGAGAGCUUGCAGAACUCAAUGGUCAGACCCCGCAGGUUGCUAAACGCAGUAGUAAUUGCGAUAGUGGGUCAAGUGUAAAUAAAAAUAGAUCAGAAUACUUGUGACAUCUUUGUAUAUACUUUCGUCACCUAGAAUAUAUAGAGAGAAAUAAUGUUGCUGACUUGCUGAGUGAUCACCUUCACCCUGCAACUGCUAUGUAGUUUCUGUAAUAGAUAUCUAAAUGUCGUCGUUAAUGAUAGACUUCUGAGAUAUAUGCUUCAAGGUCUUCAUUUGUGAGUGAUCAUUGCACUUUCAGCUCCAUGGCUUUUGAGUAAAGGUGUCAUUCACAGUUUGAUACA